UGGUGGACAUCGGUAGGAGGAUGAAAACAAAUAUUGGCACGGCUAUAGCGGUCGCCAAAGAUAUUGCCAGAUAUGAUUACAAAUCGGAUGUCGACUAUGUCUUGUCAACGUUUUCAAUGGGUACCGAUGAUCGUAGUCUGAUUGGUGAUGUUAAAACUUAUGGAACCCUUGCUGAAUUCGAAAAAGCUCUUGACGACCUCGGUAACAGCGAGUUUCCAGAGGAAAAUAAGGAAGCUGACUGCUUUCAGCCAACUUAUGCCGGCAUUAUCAGAGGAAUAACACAAGGUUACCCAAGAAAAAGCUCUCCUAUAUUCGUAUUCACAAACAACUUGCCGAGACCCUUUGGAGAGUAUACUUUGGAAAGCGCCAAAUAUCACGCUAAGAGGAACAAAAUGUCUGUCAAUGUUUUUGUAAUGAAGCCCUACUGCUCGACAAAAUCGAAAGGCAGAUACAAGUCUAUCAUAUGGUCAACUGGAGGGUUUCUUUGGCUGAUCAGGGGUGGUUAUUCAUCCGUGAGAAAAGACUUGAAAAAGAUUGAAAAUAAGGUCAAGAAAAAUCUUGUAGGCACUUUUACCAUCGUUAGCAGGAAUGUUAAGAGACAAAGCAAGCCAAAGCGGGGGAUUGAAAUAAGCGUUGGAGAGUUUGUGAUUGAUGAUAUUGCACAAUGUGGAACUAUCGACAUCCAAGCUAAACAUGACAACAGGGGAAUCAAACUGUUCAAUCCAAACGACUACCAAAAACUCCCUGAAAUAGACAACGAUAUCUAUCGAGUUUGGACCAUUUAUAAACCCACGAAAGGAAGAUGGAGAUUUGAUCCUGGCGAUGUUCAGGACAUUCAAGUUUUGUCGCAUACAGAUCUGGACAUUACCUUCGAAACGAUUUUUUUGAGAGAGAAGACGCAAGGAGGAAAAGAAGUUGCUUUGGAGCAUCCACUGAUAGGUAUUAAAUACAAGCAUUAUUUAAUUAGUUUUUAA